AACUUUCGGCAGCUCCCUGCUUCCCAUUUGCGCAUGCGCAUUGCGACUUCCGCUUUCUCUUUGGAUCUUGAACCGGUGAAAAUUCACAGUCAUGAUUCUGCUAGCAAUUUCUUGUGUGAUUACCCUCUGGGCACCUGUACAUUGUGUUGGUGAGGAUCUGCCUCUACCAUUUCAUUCUCAGGACAACUUUUUGCCACCCAUUUUGAAAGAUGUUCAGUUACAGGAACUUGAGUCCAUGGAAAACGUAUUAAAAGAAGUAGAUGAAACACAUCGAGUACAACUGGAUCAUCAGCUACAACUUCUUCAGCAGGAUGAGUAUCUUUCCCAGUAUGGUUUGUAUCGAACCCAUAUUCAAGGAGACGGUAACUGUUUGUUUCGUUCUGUUAGUUUUGGUUUAUAUGGCACUGAAGACCAUCAUAUCUCUUUACGAGAAUUAGCUGUAAAUCAUAUUCAAGAAAACUUAGAAGACUUCAGGUUUUAUUUGUAUGGAAAUAGUGAACUACCCAUGACUGACUCUGAAAUUGUUACCUUUCUCAAUAAUUUAAGGCAAUUAGGAACAUUUGCAGGACAAGAGUCAAUAGUUGCUUUGUCCAGAGUGUUAGGUUUAAAUAUACUUGUAACUAUUGGGGGAGAUUCUCAAAGUCCAGAGGUUAGAACAUUAGAACACAAUUGUCAAAAUUCAGAUAACAUUAUUCAUUUGGUUUGGACAAGGGCUGGAGGUGGUCACUACGAAACUGUAGUAGAGAACCCAACAUUAAGAGAACAAACACUGCCUACGUCAUCAGAAAACACCAAUAGGAUUUCUAACAACAAUAUAAGUAAUUACAACUGGAGGUCUGAUUCAAAAACUUGCAAACAAAUCAGUUUAGAUCUGUUAGAAGAUAUCAAGAGCUACAAAAUUAAAAACCAAAAUAUGGAGCAUUCUUAUGGCAGACAAAAUGUAGACACUAGAAUAAAUUCAGGGUCUAAGACAAAAUGCCCUAUAUGCAAUUUAAAUUUCUACAACAAGGUCACACUGAUAAGACAUCAAAAGUUGGUCCAUGAUCUAGAAAAUAAAAACAAAAUUCCUUGUUCCAUUUCAUCGUGUUCUUUGAAAUUUCAUAAUGUAGAUGUUUUAGUUGACCAUCUGAAAAAUUCUCAUGAAGCAUGUAUAGAAGUUGAAAACCUCAGUUUUGAAAACAUUGGCUUAUUUGAUCAAUUUAAAGAGGAGGAAAGUAUUAAAAUUCACUGUAGGUAUGUUAAGCAAAGGAAAAAUAAAAUCAAUAAGGAUGGCAGUCAAUCUUUUACUCUUGUUUGCCAUAGGGAUGGGGUUAAACGAGUUCAUUUAAAAAAAGGUAAAGCUUACUCAGGAAAACGCAAAGAAAACAUUAAAGGGUCUUGCAAAAUUCAAAAAUUAUGUCCUUCUAGAAUGUCUGUCAAAAUUAAAUCGGAUGGCUCUGUUUCAGUGAAGUACAUUAAGUCCCAUACUCACUCAAUUGCAUUUGAAGAAAGCAAAUUCUUACCUUUGCCAGAUUCCAUCAAGUCAGAAAUUUUAACAAUGUUAGCUCUAAAAAUUCCAAUGGGAGAUAGUAGUGAGUUGCGUUCCCCUGCCUCCCGCUAG